AGGAAAGGCGCGUGCAAUAGAGAAGUACAACCCAGCCUAGGUAGAGAGUCGCGCACACUCACAAUCACGAAGCUUUGGUUCGAUUUUAUGCUUCGCUUCCUCCAUCUCCUCUACUGUAACCUCAUUGCCCGCUGAAUGAGGAGCUGCAGUUUAUCAACAUCUCGUGGUUUCAAAUAUUAAGUUGGAAAGCGGGUGUUGCAAGUGUCUUAAAUUGCAUACAGUGGAGAAACGGGAGGUGAAGGUGGAUUUCACUUUAUGCUAUCCCAUGUGUCCUUUGCUAACUACUUUUUUUGGCAGAAUUAGAUGGCCAUUCUCUUACUAGGACUCCUUCGUGAAAGAAAGAUUGAGAAUUCCCCAUUGUCAAUGGAGCGAGUGGAAACCCUCAAUGAUCCUGAACACAUUGUUAAUGUAAGAAGCAGCAGCGUGGCAUCCUCAUCUGGCCCAUCCCAUGACACAAAUGGCUUGGAGACCCUGCAACAUGAAGACCAAUUUUCUUUGGGUGUGAGAAACCCAGUUUUUCAAACUUCUCUUUCUUCUUCCAAUGAAUUGAACUCAAGGAACUCAUCACUCGUUAGAAGAGGGGACAGGCAUGGUCGUCGUCGCAGGAGUCCAUUAAAUUCUGGGUUAUGGAUAUCUAUUGAAUUGGUCCUAACAAUUAGCCAGAUUCUUGCUGCUGUCAUUGUUUUGUUUUUUUCAAGACAUGAACAUCCACACGCCCCUUUAGGUGGGUGGAUUAUGGGUUAUGCAUCAGGAUGUGUUGCAACACUUCCUCUUCUUUAUUGGAGAUGGCAUUACCGCAACCAGACUUCAGAACAAGAGUCAUCUCAGCCCCGUCAGAUUUCUACUUCGAGCAACUCUUCGGUCGUCUCUGUAUCCACCGUGUCUGCCCUUUCCAGUACACAGACUUUAGAGGGGGAAGGCCAGUCCACAGGCGCAGCACCAAGAGGUGCAGGUGCCCAAGGUGUGAGAAUACCAAAUCCAAGACUUAAGGCACUUGUGGAAUACUUCAAGAUGGCUUUAGAUUGCUUCUUCGCUCUGUGGUUUGUGGUUGGCAAUGUUUGGAUUUUUGGCGGGCACUCUUCUUCCUCUGAAGCUCCCAACUUGUACAAGUUGUGUAUAGUGUUUCUCUCCAUUAGCUGUAUUGGCUAUGCAAUGCCAUUUAUUCUGUGUGCCACAAUUUGUUGCUGCCUCCCUUGUAUAAUCUCUGUCCUGGGCUUCAGAGAAGAUCUAACUCAAAAUAGAGGGGCCACACCAGAAUCAAUCAAUUCUUUGCCAACCUACAAGUUCAAGAUUAAGAAAACAAAAAACAGCAAUGGUAGAGAAACCAACUCUGGUACUGGUGAUGGUGGGGUUGUUGCCGUCGGGACAGAGAAGGAACGUGCGCUAUCAGGGGAAGAUGCGGUUUGCUGCAUUUGCUUGGCAAAGUAUGCAAACAAUGACGAGCUGAGGGAGUUGCCAUGUUCUCAUUUCUUCCACAAGGACUGUGUGGACAAGUGGUUGAAGAUCAAUUCGAUGUGUCCCCUUUGCAAGGGUGAUGUUGGUGAGAGCGCUGUGAGUUCGCUUUCCGGACCAAAUACCACCAGCCUGCUACAGGGUGAAAGCAGGGCAGACAUGGCUUAGCCUUCACAUUCUGGGUUGGGUUUGACCUUAAUGCUUAUGCUGAUUGUCGCCCAAAGGCCAAAUGUUCACUCCUUUGGCCCCUUUCAGGCGGCGUGCGUGCCGUCUUAGAAUGAAGUCUUGUAGCUGCUCCUUGGGAUCCUUUGUAAUAUGUUGAAAAUUUGUUCAAUGGUAGUAGAAGGCCAAUGUGCAGAGCCCUUUCAAGUUGGCAAGGA